AUGAGCUCUUCGAAACGAUCACGUCAUAAGAAAGAAUCUGAGAAUGAGGAGUUCAUUGUGGAGAAAAUAAUUGAUAAACGGAUUCGAAAUGGUGUUGUGGAAUACUUCUUGAGUUGGAAGGGAUUUCCACCGUCUGAGAACACUUGGGAACCGGAGGAUAAUUUGGACUGUCCAGAUCUAAUCCAGGCGUUCGAAUCACAAGAGAAAAGGUCUGGUGACGAUAAAAAGACACGUUCGAAUACUGAUGCUUGUCGGGGUUUUGAUCGUGGAUUGGAACCGGAGCGCAUCAUUGGUGCGACAAAUACAAACGGUGAACUGACAAUGCUGAUAAAGUGGAAGGGUUGUGAAGAAGCUGACUUGGUACCAGCAAAAUUGGCGAAUGAAAAAUGUCCACAAUUAGUUAUUAAAUUUUAUGAAGACCAUAUUCAGUGGAAUACAUGCGCUCGUAAUUGA